AUGUUUUCGUCGUUAAAGUUUUCCACGCUGCGGUCGAAGAAACACACGUCUCCGAAGCAAACCGCGCCACACCGGAAGUCCACGAGCAAAUGUAAGGAGCCUACACGGCUUCUGGACAAGGUGUGUUCGACUCAGAAAAGCGAAGACAAACGAAUGGUCUCCAAGCACGCAAUUUACGAGUCCAGCAACUACACGGAUCAAUAUCAGUAUGUGAAGCACAAAAUCAUCGACGUGUUCAUCGAACGGGAAGACGGUAGUCUAGGGAUAGUGCUGCGUGGUGGUGCACAUCCGGACCCUGACAUGUGCAAGCCGUUGACCGUGACGCACGUCAGACCCGAUGGACCUGCCGACAGAGAAGGCACAAUUAAGGUCGGUGAUCAUUUAUUAGCCGUCGACGGUGUUUCAUUGAAUGGCUUGAUAUUGGCUGACGCUGAUGCAAUACUCAGACAGUCGGACGGAGCAUGCCGAUUGACCGUGCGAUACCAAGUAUCAGCGGCGGAUCGAGUCGGUAACACCACUUGUCCAAUGUUGGUUGAAGUUGAAAGUCCAAGACCACACCAAUUGGGUUUAACUCUGACAAACACGAUCAAUAAUAGCGCGGUCGUAGUUGACCACGUAAAACCUGGUAGCAUUGCCGAGCGAUGCGGUGCUAUAUUUCCUGGUGACCAGAUAGUGGCCGUCAAUGACACGAGGGUGGCCGGGUUAAGGACAGCUGCCAGUGAUGUGUACAAACUGUUACGGACGUGUGGAGGAGCUCAGUCCACUCUCAGACUAGAAAUAAUACCAGCAUUUACCACAGACUUAAUACACGCCGAAUAUUGCUCGUCGUACGAUUCUCGUCAACAUUUGUACUCCGUAUACGAAGAUCCCAUCGAUCCGGUAGUUUGGGAACCAACGGAAACGCACAACGUGGUACGAGUAGAUUACACUAUAUUGACAUUGGUGGCAGACGAAAAUGGUCGGUUCGGAAUGGACAUUCGAUCCAAUAACUUGGCACUCGUCGUUUGUUAUAUUGAACCGGGAGGACCCACUGACAGGACCGGUUGCGUGCAAGUUGGCGAUCGUAUACUCUCUGUGAACGGGUGCAAGAGCACCAGUUUCGUGCCAUUAUUCCAGCAACCAUUGCACGAUUUUUUAGGACCCGAAGUAAAAAACGCCUGCAUUAAGGUGGAGUUUGAUAUAACAGACUUUGUAGUUCCCACGUCGGGAGAAUUCACAGUGAAGCUGCUGAAAAACGACUACAGAAGUCUCGGAAUCACGAUAACAGACGAUGGCAACGGGCAAGUGUGUAUUUCGGAAAUCGUACCUGGUUCUAUAGCUCAUCGGUCGGGAACGUUAAAAAUUAGUGAUACGUUGUUGGCUGUGAAUAAUAAAUCACUGAGUGAUUGCACUAGACAAGAAGCAAGUAGUAUACUCCAAGAAGCCGGAGACGUGGUGACGCUGCGAGUACGGACUUCCAAUACAGCGAUAGAUGAUUAUGAAAACGAAGAUGAUUUGGUUCAGUACACAGUAGAACUAUACAAAAAAGGAGAACCUUUGGGUAUUACCAUCACAGGUUCGGAAGAUUCCCGAUUACCAAUUUCUAUACAAGAAUUAUCACCAGGUGGGCUGGCCGACCGGACGGGCGCCAUACACGUGGGCGACCGUCUGCUGGCGAUCAACGGCGCGGACCUGUCCGAGGCGCCGCUGUCCACGGCCAUAGCGCAGCUGCAGAACACCGACGACCGGGUGGUGAUCACCGUUUCGCGACCGCAACCACGGUCGUUGUACACCAGCGCGGGUAUGCUGUCCGGGUCAGCCGCGGCCGCCGAAGACUCGGCCAUCGAGUCGGACACCUGCACCCGGUCGGCGCCCAACUUGCACGAACCGACGCCCGACCGGAUCGUGUUCCGGCACCGGUCCAAGAGUGCUCAGAGGAAGGUGCCGGAGUUCGACAGCGACUAUUUCGGCGGCACCCUCCGCCCGUACUACAUACGCGAGCACGCCGACUACGAUAUCGACAGCAUAUUCAAGAUAGCCGAGAACCAGGACAGGGACGGGCUGCUCGAUUUCGACCUGUUCCAAGUUACUCUAUUCAAGGACACGGUAUACGAAGAUUUCGGUUUCAGUAUAUCGGAUGGUCUGUAUGAGCGAGGAGUGUUCGUCAACAAUAUCAGAAAAGGUGGACCAGCCGAUUUGAGUGGCAUGUUGAAACGAUACGACCGUAUAAUUCAAGUGAACAACACCAGGACAGACGACUCCGACUGCUGCCUGACCGUACCAUUGGUGGCGUCUGCUGGAGACAAAAUCACACUGACCGUAGAAAGACGGAACAACAUGCCGAGAAUUCAAUUUCCUUAG